UGCUAGUCGAAGUUUACUCCGCACCCAAAAAACCACACUCCUUCAAGUCGGUGUUGAGCAGAUUUGAUAUAAAAACCCAUAAGCCAGCUCCGAAGCCAGUUUUCUACUUCACUUCUCUAUUUCCCCUCGCUUGCCGUCGUCGCCUCUGUGAAUCCAUUUUUACGGCCACCGAACCGCCGUGAAUCUCCGGUGAGCCAAAAACUCUGGUAACAUUUUUACAUCCGACGUAUAUUGAGUUUCGUACUCAGCUAGGGUUUUGUAUUUCAAUUCCCUGUAUAGAGAUAAACCGAGAUUUUGUAGUUUGAGAUUUCGAGUUUGCACGAAGUAGUUAUGUGGAGUGGAAACGGACAAGAUAUGUGGAACAAUAGUAACAUGGCACCACCAGGUACUAGCGGUAGUGCUGGAGGACCGCCGCCUCCGUCAAUGAUGCAACCGCCUCCGCCUGGUGGAGGACCGCCUCCGCCGUCUAUGAUGCCGCCACCUCCAGGUACAAGCUCAGGACCAGUAAUGAUGCCUCCUGGUACAAGCGGUAGUAGUGGAGGACCGGCUCCGCCUCUGCCACCGCCUUCUUAUACUGUUUUGCCAACUGAGGCUCAGCUUGAAGAGAAAGCUAGGAAAUGGAUGCAGCUUAACUCUAAGCGGUAUAGUGAUAAGCGCAAAUUUGGAUUUGUGGAGACGCAAAAGGAGGAUAUGCCUCCGGAGCAUGUUCGCAAGAUUAUUAGGGACCAUGGGGAUAUGUCAUCAAAAAAAUAUCGUCAUGAUAAACGUGUGUAUCUCGGAGCUCUUAAAUUUGUUCCUCAUGCUGUUUACAAACUCCUUGAGAACAUGCCUAUGCCGUGGGAGCAGGUUCGAGAUGUGAAAAUACUGUACCACAUUACUGGUGCUAUUACAUUUGUUAAUGAGAUACCAUGGGUUGUUGAACCUAUAUAUCUGGCUCAGUGGGGCACUAUGUGGAUCAUGAUGAGAAGGGAGAAGAGAGACCGGCGGCAUUUCAAGAGAAUGCGUUUUCCUCCUUUUGACGAUGAGGAGCCUCCAUUAGAUUAUGCUGAUAAUCUUUUGGAUGUUGAUCCUUUGGAGCCAAUCCAGUUGGAGAUGGAUGAAGAAGAAGAUUCAGCUGUUUAUAACUGGUUUUAUGACCAUAAGCCAUUGGUGAAAACAAAGCUUAUUAACGGUCCUAGUUACCGCAGGUGGCAUUUGUCCCUCCCUAUAAUGGCUACACUGCACCGGCUGGCUGGACAGCUGCUUUCGGAUCUGACUGAUCGCAAUUACUUCUACUUGUUUGAUAUGGAGUCGUUUUUCACUGCUAAAGCAUUGAAUAUGUGCAUACCUGGUGGGCCCAAGUUCGAACCUUUAUAUCGUGACAUGGAGAAAGGAGAUGAAGACUGGAAUGAGUUUAAUGAUAUCAACAAAUUGAUCAUCAGGUCACCGCUGAGGACAGAAUACAGAAUUGCCUUCCCUCACCUCUAUAACAACAGACCAAGAAAGGUGAAGCUUUGUAUAUAUCACACUCCGAUGAUCAUGUACAUAAAAACAGAGGAUCCAGAUCUACCUGCUUUCUAUUAUGAUCCGCUUAUACAUCCCAUAGUCACCAAGGACCGCCGAGAGAAGAAAGUUCCUGAGGAUGACGAUGAUGAUGACUUUGCCUUGCCUGAGGGUGUUGAGCCAUUGCUGAACGAGACUCCAAUCUAUACUGAUACUACUGCUGCUGGUAUUUCCCUCUUGUUUGCCCCACGCCCAUUUAACAUGAGAUCUGGUCGGACAAGACGUGCUGAAGAUAUACCCCUUGUGUCAGAUUGGUUUAAGGAGCAUUGUCCUCCAUCAUAUCCUGUCAAGGUGCGUGUCAGUUAUCAGAAGUUAUUGAAAUGUUUUGUGUUGAAUGAACUGCAUCAUAGACCUCCCAAGGCCCAGAAGAAGAAGCACCUCUUCCGCUCACUUCAGGCCACAAAAUUUUUCCAAACCACAGAACUUGAUUGGGCUGAAGCUGGUCUCCAAGUUUGCAAGCAGGGAUACAAUAUGCUGAAUCUCUUGAUCCAUAGGAAAAACCUGAAUUAUCUUCACCUUGAUUACAAUUUUAAUUUGAAGCCUGUUAAGACACUAACUACAAAGGAACGUAAGAAAUCCCGGUUUGGUAAUGCUUUCCACCUUUGUCGUGAAAUUCUGCGUUUGACAAAACUAGUUGUUGAUGCCAAUGUUCAGUUCCGUCUGGGAAAUGUUGAUGCAUUUCAGCUGGCAGAUGGAUUGCAAUACAUUUUUUCACAUGUUGGUCAGUUGACGGGUAUGUACCGUUAUAAGUACAGGCUUAUGAGGCAGAUUCGAAUGUGUAAGGAUUUGAAACAUUUGAUCUAUUAUCGAUUCAAUACUGGGCCAGUUGGAAAAGGUCCUGGUUGUGGUUUCUGGGCACCUAUGUGGAGGGUGUGGUUAUUCUUCCUUCGGGGUAUAGUGCCUCUUUUGGAACGAUGGUUGGGAAAUUUAUUGGCGAGGCAAUUUGAGGGUCGCCAUUCGAAGGGGGUGGCCAAAACUGUCACAAAGCAACGUGUUGAAAGCCACUUUGACUUGGAGCUCCGUGCUGCAGUAAUGCACGAUGUCCUUGAUGCUAUGCCAGAGGGUAUCAAGCAAAAUAAAGCGAGAACCAUUUUGCAGCAUCUAAGUGAAGCAUGGCGUUGUUGGAAGGCAAAUAUUCCUUGGAAGGUCCCAGGUUUGCCUGUUCCUAUUGAGAACAUGAUUCUUCGUUAUGUCAAAUCAAAAGCUGAUUGGUGGACAAAUGUUGCUCACUACAACCGUGAACGUAUAAGAAGAGGAGCAACUGUUGACAAGACUGUGUGUCGUAAAAACCUUGGAAGAUUGACUCGCCUUUGGCUGAAGGCUGAGCAGGAGCGGCAACAUAACUACUUGAAAGACGGCCCGUAUGUUACUCCAGAAGAAGCAGUAGCUAUUUAUACUACCACUGUGCAUUGGUUGGAGUCAAGGAAGUUUUCUCCUAUCCCAUUCCCUCCAUUGUCAUACAAGCAUGACACAAAGCUACUUAUCCUUGCCCUUGAGAGACUGAAAGAAUCUUACAGUGUGGCUGUGAGGUUAAACCAGCAGCAAAGGGAAGAGUUGGGCCUCAUUGAGCAAGCUUAUGAUAAUCCGCAUGAGGCAUUGUCAAGGAUUAAGCGUCACCUGCUUACUCAGCGUGCCUUCAAAGAAGUCGGCAUCGAGUUCAUGGACUUGUACAGUUACCUGAUUCCUGUUUAUGAGAUCGAACCACUUGAGAAGAUUACUGAUGCGUACCUGGAUCAGUACCUAUGGUAUGAAGGUGAUAAGCGCCAUCUCUUCCCAAAUUGGAUUAAGCCUGCCGAUUCAGAGCCACCACCACUAUUAGUGUAUAAAUGGUGUCAAGGCAUAAACAAUUUGCAAGGAGUAUGGGACACCAGUGAAGGACAGUGUGUGGUGAUGCUGCAGACGAAGUUUGAGAAAUUCUUUGAAAAGAUUGACCUGACCAUGUUGAACAGGCUUCUGCGUUUGGUGCUGGACCACAAUAUUGCUGAUUAUGUUACUGCAAAAAACAACGUUGUGCUGUCUUACAAAGAUAUGAGUCACACAAAUUCAUACGGGCUGAUACGUGGUCUUCAAUUUGCUUCAUUUGUUGUGCAGUACUAUGGGCUUGUGUUGGAUCUUUUGCUCCUAGGUUUAACUCGAGCUAGUGAAAUUGCUGGUCCACCACAGAUGCCUAAUGAAUUCAUAACCUUUAGUGAUACUAGAGUGGAAACGAGGCAUCCUAUCCGGUUGUACUCUCGCUACAUUGACAAGGUGCAUAUAUUAUUUCGCUUCACUCAUGAAGAGGCUCGGGACCUUAUCCAAAGAUAUCUUACUGAACAUCCUGAUCCCAACAAUGAAAACAUGGUUGGUUAUAACAACAAGAAAUGCUGGCCAAGGGACGCAAGAAUGAGGCUCAUGAAGCAUGAUGUUAAUCUUGGGAGAAGUGUCUUCUGGGACAUGAAGAAUCGGCUGCCUAGAAGUAUUACUACAUUGGAGUGGGAAAACAGCUUUGUCUCUGUUUAUAGCAAAGAUAACCCAAACUUGCUCUUCAGCAUGUGUGGAUUUGAAGUUCGGAUACUGCCUAAGAUAAGAAUGACCCAAGAGGCAUUCAGCAAUACAAGAGAUGGAGUCUGGAAUCUACAAAAUGAGCAGACUAAGGAACGCACAGCUGUUGCCUUCUUGCGUGUAGAUGACGAGCACAUGAAGGUGUUUGAGAAUCGUGUUAGGCAGAUCCUCAUGUCCUCUGGUUCUACAACAUUCACAAAGAUUGUUAACAAAUGGAACACUGCUCUUAUUGGCCUCAUGACAUAUUUCCGUGAAGCAACAGUACAUACCCAAGAAUUACUGGACCUGCUGGUCAAAUGUGAAAACAAGAUACAAACUCGUAUUAAGAUUGGUUUGAACUCUAAAAUGCCCAGUAGGUUUCCUCCUGUUAUUUUCUACACGCCAAAGGAAAUUGGAGGGCUGGGAAUGUUGUCAAUGGGUCAUAUAUUGAUCCCGCAGAGUGAUCUUAGGUAUAGUCAGCAAACAGAUGUUGGUGUGACACAUUUCAGAAGUGGAAUGAGCCAUGAAGAGGACCAAUUGAUUCCAAAUCUUUAUCGAUACAUACAGCCGUGGGAGAGUGAGUUCAUUGACUCUCAGAGAGUUUGGGCCGAGUAUGCUUUGAAAAGGCAGGAAGCCCAGGCACAGAAUAGGCGUUUGACUCUUGAAGAUCUGGAAGAUUCAUGGGAUCGUGGAAUUCCUCGAAUCAAUACAUUGUUCCAGAAGGAUCGCCACACCCUUGCAUAUGACAAAGGAUGGAGAGUGAGAACAGACUUUAAACAGUACCAAGUUCUUAAGCAGAAUCCAUUCUGGUGGACACACCAGAGGCAUGAUGGAAAGCUAUGGAACCUGAAUAACUAUCGUACUGAUGUGAUACAAGCUCUUGGAGGAGUUGAAGGAAUUCUUGAGCACACAUUAUUCAAAGGAACAUAUUUCCCUACUUGGGAGGGUCUUUUCUGGGAGAAAGCUUCAGGUUUUGAGGAAUCCAUGAAGUACAAGAAAUUGACUAAUGCUCAACGAUCUGGGCUUAAUCAAAUCCCUAAUCGUAGGUUUACUCUUUGGUGGUCGCCAACAAUAAAUAGGGCCAAUGUCUAUGUUGGUUUCCAAGUACAGCUGGACCUGACCGGGAUAUUUAUGCACGGGAAGAUUCCAACUCUGAAGAUAUCUUUGAUCCAGAUCUUCCGUGCACAUUUGUGGCAGAAGAUCCAUGAGAGUGUUGUCAUGGAUCUUUGCCAAGUUUUGGAUCAAGAGUUGGAUGCAUUGGAAAUUGAGACUGUGCAGAAGGAAACAAUUCAUCCAAGAAAGAGUUACAAGAUGAAUAGCUCGUGCGCUGACAUCCUCCUCUUUGCUGCACAUAGAUGGCCAAUGUCAAAACCUAGUCUUGUUGCCGAAUCGAAGGAUGUGUUUGACCAGAAAGCUAGUAACAAAUACUGGAUAGAUGUGCAGCUUCGAUGGGGUGACUAUGAUUCUCAUGAUAUCGAGCGUUAUACACGUGCAAAGUUCAUGGAUUACACAACAGACAACAUGUCUAUUUAUCCAUCUCCUACUGGUGUAAUGAUUGGACUUGACCUUGCUUACAACUUGCAUUCUGCCUUUGGUAACUGGUUCCCUGGUUCAAAACCAUUGCUUGCCCAAGCCAUGAACAAGAUUAUGAAGUCAAACCCUGCACUCUAUGUUCUGAGGGAACGCAUAAGGAAAGGGUUGCAAUUGUAUUCUUCAGAGCCCACAGAACCAUAUUUAUCAUCUCAGAAUUAUGGAGAGAUUUUCAGCAAUCAAAUUAUAUGGUUUGUUGAUGACACAAACGUGUACCGAGUGACCAUCCACAAGACCUUCGAGGGAAAUCUGACGACAAAGCCCAUAAAUGGUGCAAUUUUCAUCUUCAAUCCUAGGACAGGUCAACUGUUUUUGAAGGUCAUUCACACAAGUGUGUGGGCAGGGCAAAAGCGUCUUGGCCAGCUGGCUAAGUGGAAAACAGCCGAAGAAGUGGCUGCGCUUGUAAGGUCUUUGCCAGUUGAAGAACAACCGAAGCAAAUUAUUGUGACUCGGAAAGGGAUGCUUGAUCCAUUGGAGGUCCACUUGCUCGAUUUUCCGAAUAUUGUGAUCAAAGGAAGUGAGCUGCAGUUACCAUUCCAGGCCUGUUUGAAGAUAGAGAAAUUUGGUGAUCUUAUACUGAAGGCUACGGAGCCACAAAUGGUUCUGUUCAACAUAUAUGAUGAUUGGUUGAAGAGCAUCUCAUCCUAUACAGCAUUCUCCAGGCUCAUCCUCAUCCUGCGUGCACUCCAUGUGAACAAUGAAAAGGCUAAGAUGCUACUCAAGCCUGACAAGUCGGUUGUUACUGAGCCUCACCACAUCUGGCCUUCACUUACAGAUGACCAGUGGAUGAAGGUUGAGGUAGCGCUUAGAGAUCUCAUUCUCUCAGACUAUGCAAAAAAGAACAAUGUCAACACAUCAGCAUUGACGCAGUCUGAGAUCCGUGAUAUUAUACUUGGAGCUGAGAUUACUCCUCCAUCCCAGCAGCGCCAACAGAUAGCUGAGAUUGAGAAACAGGCCAAGGAAGCAAGUCAACUGACAGCGGUUACCACAAAGACCACUAAUGUCCAUGGUGAUGAGUUGAUUGUUACUACUACAAGUCCCUACGAGCAAGCUGCCUUUGGCUCUAAAACAGAUUGGCGUGUGAGAGCAAUUUCUGCAACAAAUCUCUAUCUCCGUGUGAACCACAUAUAUGUCAAUUCAGAGGACAUAAAGGAGACUGGAUAUACGUACAUCAUGCCAAAGAAUAUUCUGAAGAAGUUCAUUUGCAUUGCCGAUCUGCGGACACAAAUUGCUGGUUACUUAUAUGGUGUAAGUCCACCAGAUAAUCCUCAGGUGAAGGAAAUCCGGUGUAUUGCAAUGCCUCCACAGUGGGGGACACAUCAGCAGGUGCAUCUACCUUCCGGUCUUCCGGAGCAUGAUUUUCUCAAUGACUUGGAGCCUUUGGGAUGGAUGCACACACAACCAAAUGAACUUCCUCAGCUGUCUCCACAGGAUGUUACUUCACAUGCUCGGAUCCUUGAGAACAACAAACACUGGGAUGGAGAGAAGUGUAUUAUAUUGACAUGCAGCUUCACACCAGGGUCUUGUUCGUUAACUGCAUAUAAGUUGACACCAACUGGGUAUGAAUGGGGACGUGCUAACAAAGAUACAGGUAGCAACCCUCAUGGUUACCUGCCGACUCAUUACGAGAAGGUCCAGAUGCUGUUGAGUGACCGAUUCCUUGGCUUUUACAUGGUACCUGAUAAUGGUCCAUGGAAUUACAACUUCAUGGGAGUGAAGCACACUGUUAGCAUGAAGUACGGGGUGAAGUUAGGUACACCUCGGGAGUACUACAAUGAGGAUCAUCGUCCUACACACUUCCUGGAAUUCAGCAAUAUGGAGGAAGGUGACACUGCUGAGGCAGAUCGGGAAGAUACAUUUACAUAAUACAACGCCAUUAAAAUAUACGUUGGUAAGUUUACCCUUAAGUCUUUGGGAAGUCGAAUCAAAUGGUGACUUAGUUGUUGUAUGUCUCAGCUAUAAUCCAUAGUGUAGUGGCUGAUGAUAUUAGAUGGAACCUACAAGUUGUAAAUAUAUCAAAUGUAGCUUGAUACCUCUGUAUGCCUUUUAUCCGGGGCGGAUCUCGUCUUUGUCGGUUUAGAAUUUAGCUCGCGCCUUUUAGAUGCGGCAAAACAAACAGAUGUUUGUACAGCAAGAGAAGGCAAAUCGUGUUUUUGGUAUUUUGAUUUUUCCUUUAACCCUGUUAUAGUAGGAACCUUGUAUGCCGAGAGCAAUGCAACUGAACCGUGUAAGGUUUAGAAUGGUCAUGAAUUAAAAGUUAGUAAUGUCUUUCUCUAUUCGUAUUAAAGGUUUGACUCUACCUUCGUAACGCAGGGAUAAGGUCUGCGUACACUUACCUUCCCCAAUAUUCACUUUGUGGAAUUUCAUUGGUUUUU